AUGAGCGCCGUCGGUCCGGAGGAGUGGAAGACUGCGACAUGUCUCGAAAUCGGUGCGAACACGUCGAAUGUCUCGCAAGCUUACCCCCCACCGUCCAGGCCAUCAAAAGGCCCAUAUGCCAGUUCGAUGUCGUCCUGGCCUAGUUCUUCUCUCGAUACAGAAACCUUCGCAUUAUGCUCUACAUGGCUUUGGAUCCCCUCUCCUCUAGAAUCGGUGGAGGAGUGGGAUAUGUCGUCCCGCCGCUAUAUCUGCUUUAAAAAAGAAAUGCGAUCAGUUGCAGUGCUAUGGGAGUCCACUAAAAGAACCCCUGCCCCAGACAUGCUGCUUUCCCGUUCCCUGGAACAUAGACACUAUACCAACAGCAAAAUGCCUCCCAACGGAGCAGACUACUCAUUAUACCAAAACGGCAAGAAGAACUUCUGGAUGGUCGCGCGGCCGUUGCUGUCUAGAAACUACCGCGGACGGUCGCAAUGCCGUGCGGGAGAAACCGGCCCCGCCGAAUCAAGUCUUUUAGAGCUUUGGCACAUGUCUAAAAGGGAUACCCCAUCGCCGUUUCAACUCUUAAGGUCUCCGAAAUUCCCAACUCAAGCCGAACAUGUCCAAAAAACCGAUCUCGAAGACUCCAUGGAAUCAAACUCUGGAUCCUUGUCUCCCAUGGCGAGCUUCCCAGGUACCCAAAGGCGCGAUCCCCACGACCCAUGA